CAUGUUAUCUAUCGUCAUGGUCAUCGAAAUACUAUUAGUCAUCCGGAACUUUAUCCAAAUGAUCCAUAUAUUAAUGAAACUCAUUGGCCUGGUGGAUUUGGAGCACUCACAAAUGAAGGUAAAAGACAACAUUUCAAAUUGGGUCAAUACUUCCGAAGAAGAUAUCACAAACUUCUUGGUGAUAAAUAUUCACCAAAAAGAGUGUACGUACGUUCGACUGACAAAGAUCGCACUUUGAUGUCGGCACUUGCCAAUUUAGCAGGUUUAUUUCCACCACACGCUGAAGAGAAAUGGAAUGAAGACAUUGCAUGGCAACCGAUUCCAGUUCACACAAUACCUCUGAAUUUGGACUAUGUAUUGCGUGGACCAGAUGAUUGUCCAAGAUAUUCUGCCGCUUUCAAGAAAUACAAAAAUGAAUCAUCAGAAUUGAAGCGAAUUCUUAAAGAAAAUAAAGAAAAUAUCUUGUACUGGUCGAAAAUGUGCGGAUCGAAUUUAACCACCAUUGAAGAGAUUACCCAGUUAUAUGGGAUACUCAUUGUUCAAAAAGAACAUAAUAAAACGCUCUCCGAUUGGGUACAAAAAGCAAUCGAACCAAAUGGUGCUUUGGGGUCCAUUGCUUUUUUUCGAUAUAAAAUGAGAUCGAGUACUAAAGAAUUGGCUCGAUUGUGGUCUGGAUUUUUUAUUAAAGAAAUGUUUGAACGUUUCGCGCAAAAGAUAAACUCAACGUUGGAGCCAAAUCGUUCAUUGUGGUCCUACUCAGCGCAUGACAAUACGAUUGUUGGUCUUUUGAAUA